AUGAGUCAUAUCCAGAAAUUUAAUUAUUGGCCACGUUAUGUAGCUCGCUUAAUCAGGUUCCGUCCUGUUUAUCGAAAAGAACUUCUAGGUUGGCGUUUUGAAACGGAUCAUAUGUUUCAACGGCCCAAUCCUCUACCAAAUGAAAAAAAAGAAGAAAAAUAUCUACCGAUUUGGCAUUUUUCUGAGAAACCCCCUUGGAACGUUGCUAACCGCCUUUCCGAAUUCCCAUAUCCGAAUAUAACUUGGUGCGUUAUUCAUCCGAACGGUGAUCGUGUCCAAAUACUGUGUGGCCCGGAUAAAGGAAGAGUUGGUAUUGUUUCUUCAGUCUUAAAAAUCAGACGCUUGGUCUAUGUGGAUGGACUUAAUUAUCAUAUUGAUACUCAGGUUGCUCUUUUGGAUCCAUCAAAUAAUGAACCUUGCAAGUGCUCCUGGCGGUACACUGAAGAGGGAAAUCGGGUCCGUGUUUCUCUACAAACAGGUCAUGUAAUCCCUCUACCAGCUGCAGCCAGACAUUUAGAUGACUUAACCGAUCCUAAAACAGCUGUUGUCAGUCCAAAAGAUACUUGUGAACCAGUUGUUUGUAAUGUAUCCUCAAGUCUCUCACUUCGACAUCAGAUGUCAAUUUCGAAAAGAGUUUGCUCAAAGAUUUAA